CGUGAGCUCGACGGCCAAUUUUGCCCCGACGCACGUGACCUGCCACACUGCACACCCUGCCCCACCCCCCGUGCGCCCAUGGCGCCGUGACUGGUCCUCGUAAUUUAUAAUAAUCCCCGCUUGUGCGUCCGCGCACGCCGCCAUCAUGAGUGGCUCCAGCCGGCUUGACAGGCUCGUCACACUACUCGAGACCGGGAGCACAGCAUUAAUCCGGAAUACCGCUGCAGAUCAGUUGGCCGACGUUCAGAAGCAGCACCCGGAAGAUCUCUUUAAUUUACUCACUCGAGUCAUCCCGUAUCUGCGCUCCAGGAGUUGGGAGACCAGGGUCGCUGCCGCCAGGGCCUUGGGCGGCAUCAUCGCCAAUGCAGAGAAGUUCGACCCCAAUGCCGAGGAUGAGCCCGUCAAGGACGACGUCAAGUCUGAGACCAAUGGCCACGUCAAGGACGAGAACAGCAAUGGCACCGUCAAGAAAGAGGAGAAUGGCGCCGAGAGCGACGUGCUCGACGAAGACCUUCUCGAGCUUCAGACCAUGGAUAUGGGCUCCAUCCUGAAAUUCGGUAGGCAGCUGUUGGGUAGCGGUGGCAAGGAAUAUGAUUACAAGCUCGCUGGCAUGGAUGCCGCGUCAAGACUUGCGCACCAGAAGAAGACCCUGUCCCAGAGGCUUGGUCUUGCUGGGGAAUACAUGGAAGAAGAGCUCGUUACUGAACAUGAUCUACCAGUACAAACCCCAGGCGUCCGUACCCCGGCGCCCCAUCGCAUAGACACCACCGUGCAGCGAUCAGAUAGCAUGGCUUCUGCAUCCGCCCUCUCCCCUCCACCCGCCGGUACCCCCAAUGGCGAUCAGUCAGGGCUCAGCAAGCGUCAAAUCAAUGCAUUGAAACGCAAAGCGAAAAAGGAUAACCAGAAACAGGCGAGCAAAGUACACAUUGUCGACUUUGGUACUGCCCAACGCAAGAGCUCGCACGAUGUUCCCCAGACGCCCAUCAGUGCACAUCCCCAAGCCAUCAAGCAGGAGUCAAAAGAGGAUCCGGACGCCGCAGCCACCGACGACUACUUCUCUCUGGAACGAAAUGGUGUUGAUGACGAUCAGAAGAUGGUGAAAGAGUUCAAGGGCGAACAGGUCCCGGAGAAGUCAUCCUUCCAGACAGAAGCAGAAGAGCAAGGGCUGGAAUGGCCAUUUGAGCGUGUCUGCGACUACCUGAGUGUAGAGCUGUUUGAUCAUGUCUGGGAAGUGCGGCACGGUGCCGCCAUGGGACUUCGAGAGAUACUUCGCGUGCAUGGCGCAGGAGCCGGACGGGUGAAGGGCAAGACUCGCUCGCAGAACGACAAACUCAAUCAAAGAUGGCUCAACGAUCUUGCAUGUCGCUUCUGCUGUGUUUUCAUGCUGGACAGAUUUGCCGACUACACGGGCGACAAUGCCGUCGCUCCCGUACGCGAAACUACUGGACAAGCCCUUGGUGCGCUGCUUCAGCACCUCUCGUCAGAAAACGUCCUCGCUACAUUCCACGUUCUCAAUCGCUUGAUAUCACAGGAGAAUGCCCCCACACACGCGCUAUGGCAAAUAGCACAAGGCGGCAUGAUGGGUUUGCGGUACCUGGUCGCUGUGAGAAGCGACCUCCUUCUCCAGGACGACGUCCUCAUGGACGGAGUGCUCAACGCUGUCAUAAAGGGGCUCGGCGAUUCCGACGACGAUGUCCGUGCCAUUAGCGCUGCAACCCUUAUUCCUGUCGCCAAUGAGUUUGUCGAGAUGCGACCUGAUAGACUCAAGGAGCUCAUCAAUGAAGUCUGGGCGUGUCUCUCUAGUUUGACUGACGACCUCAGCGCCAGUACUGGUUUCAUCAUGGAUCUCUUGGCGAAGUUGUGUAGUUUCCCCAAGGUCUUGGAAGCGAUGCAAGCCAACGCUCAAAGGGACGAAUCGCAGUCCUUCCACGAGCUGGUACCGCGCCUCUUCCCCUUCCUGCGUCACACCAUCACAAGUGUACGUGCCGCCGUUCUUCGUGCGCUGAGCACAUUCCUCGACAUCCAGGAUGCAGGAAAGGAUGGUUGGAUCGACAGCAAGGCUCUACAACUAGUCUUCCAAAACAUCCUGUUGGAGCGGAACGAGGGAGUGCUUCGACUUUCUAUGCAGCUCUGGAACUCACUUAUCGAAGUGCUCGGCAGUGCGCAGCUUCCUUUGCAUCUUGGGCCCAUCCUCGGAAGUCUCAUCCCUCUAUCAUUGACACCUAUCGGUGUACCUCGCCACCCAAUACAGAUGGAUCAGUCUCUACUCAUCAAACCAUCUGGUCAAGCCUUUGGUCCUCCCGCAAAUCAACAACCUUCCCGACGUUCAACACCGCCACAGAACGGCGAGCGUGCCAACAAGAGGCGGAAGCAAUCUCGUGUUGGCAGGGAAGAAACACCGGCGUUGGCCAGUACCUCCUCGCACAAUGUUGACGGACCGAUGGUCAAUGGCGAUCUGGAGCUCGUUGGCUCGGAAGUCAUGACCCGAUCCAGAAUCUCUGCUGCACAAGCACUUGGAAAGGCCAUCGCGAUAUGGCCCGUCGAUACACGAUUGCAGACAUUCAAAUCCGUAUUGACCCCUCCGCUCACAUCUACAAACUCCACAACGCAAUUGACGGCAGCCAUGAUCAUUGAGGAGUUCGGCAAGUGUCUUUCGGCCAAGGACGAGCUUGCGGAAGCCUUUGUCAAAUCUCUCUCGGACAUAGUAGAAGGCGAGAGACCCACCGCAUACGAGGAUCUCGUUCCGAAGCUGCAAAUCGUUCGAACGCAAUGCACCGCAUUGUUGAACGUCUUCCGCGACCAUCACGUGCAGAACCUGCCCAACAUCGCAAUAGUCGUUCAAGGUCAACCCGAAGCAAGCCAAUACGCGUUUUCUGUGGCGGACGCUGAGAAGAUUUUGAGCGUUUCGUACGAGAAGUUGAAGAAAGCCAUGACGCCGGCAGCGCGGAUGAUGGCUAUCGCGAACUUGGAGACCACGAAGUCUGAGGUGGAAACCACGUUGCGAGAAGCCAAGGAGAUCAAAGAGGAGCGCGACGUCCGAAUCAAGGCUGCUGCCGCUGGAGCGCUCAUAUCUCUCAAGUCACCUCCCGGAAAACCAUCCUUUGCGAUCAAAGCGAUGAUGGACAGCAUCAAGAAGGAGGAAAACGUUGAGCUCCAGAAACGCUCGGCCAGCGCUGUUGCGGGCUUCAUUGUACACCUCGUCGACAAGAACAAGAUGGGUGUUGUUAAGAAGGUUGUCGGUAAUCUCGUCAAGUUCUACUGCAUGGAGACCGCCGAGACGCCCGAGUUCCCGGCACACGCACACGUGGAAGAUGGAAUCCUCACGCUUAAGAAGGACGAGGACAUCCGCGACCAUCCAGACGCCGCCAAGUUUGCCGAAGAAUCCAAGGCGGCUCGCAUUACCAAACGCGGUGCUCGUGAGGGUCUCGAGCAGGUUGUUCAAAGCUUUGGUGCCCAGAUUUUCGAGAAAGUACCAAUCCUGAAAGACUUGAUCGAGAAGCCUAUCCGAGAAGCGUUCACCGAAGCUGCGCUGCCAUCGGAAAUGGACGAAGAAGACGGCGUGUUCGGACAAGAGGUAGUCGAUGCCUUCUCAACGCUUCGAGCACUGGUCGGAAGCCUACACCCUGAGGUCCACCACUUCGUCAAAGAACUCCUCCCACUCGUCGCCAAAGCUAUACAGUCAAGGCUGUACGUUCUGCGAUACGUCGCGGCCAAGUGCUUUGCGACGAUAUGCAGCGUCAUGUCCGUUGAGGGUAUCACGAUGCUGGUCGAAAAUGUGCUCCCAUCCAUCAGUAGAUCUGACCACUUACAUGCUCGUCAAGGUGCCAUUGAAUGCGUGUAUCAUCUUAUCCAUGUCAUGGAGGAUAGUAUUCUCCCAUAUGUCAUCUUCUUGAUUACCCCAGUUCUUGGACGGAUGAGCGACUCCGACAACGACGUACGUCUCCUCGCGACAACCAGCUUCGCCACUCUAGUCAAACUGGUUCCGCUUGAAGCAGGUAUACCCGACCCGCCUGGAUUGCCAGAGUCGUUACUUCAAGGAAGGGAGAAGGAGCGGAAGUUCGUCGCGCAAAUGCUAGACGCCAAGAAGGUUGAGCCGUUUGAGAUUCCUGUCGGUAUCAAAGCAACUCUACGUUCGUACCAACAAGAUGGCGUCAACUGGCUGGCUUUCCUGAACCGGUACAAUCUCCACGGCAUACUCUGCGACGACAUGGGUCUUGGUAAAACCUUGCAGACCCUCUGCAUGGUUGCCUCUGACCAUCACUUGCGCGCUGAGGAGUUUGCGAAGACCCAGGAUCCCAACUUCCGCCGCGUACCGUCGCUCAUUGUCUGCCCGCCCACACUUUCCGGGCAUUGGCAGCAAGAAAUCCGUCAAUAUGCACCCUUCCUCUCUUGUGUUGCAUAUGUAGGAUCGCCCGCCAUCCGUGGCCAGUAUAGGGAUCAGCUUGACAAGGUCGACAUUGUCAUCACCUCGUACGAUAUUUGCCGCAACGACAACGAACUGUUGAAGCCCUUCAGCUGGAAUUAUGUCGUUCUCGAUGAAGGUCAUCUGAUCAAGAAUGCCAAGUCAAAGACCAGUCAGGCUGUCAAGAAUUUCCAAUCCAACCAUCGCCUGAUUCUCUCCGGUACGCCCAUCCAGAACAACGUGCUCGAGCUGUGGUCCCUCUUCGACUUCCUCAUGCCCGGUUUCCUUGGUAGCGAGAAGGUCUUCCAGGAGCGUUUUGCCAAACCUAUCGCUGCAUCUCGUUUUGCCAAGUCUUCUUCCAAAGAGCAAGAACGAGGUGCUCUCGCCAUCGAGGCCCUGCACAAGCAAGUUCUGCCCUUCUUGCUGCGUCGUCUGAAGGAAGAGGUUCUGGACGACCUUCCACCAAAGAUUCUCCAGAACUACUACUGCGAUCUUUCCGAUCUACAGCGCAAGCUCUUCGACGAGUUCACAAAGAAGGAGGGCAAAGAGAUACAGGCUAAAGCCGGCAGCGCUGAUCGCGACAGUAAACAGCACAUCUUCCAGGCUCUACAGUACAUGAGAAAGCUUUGCAACGGACCUUCUAUGGUGAUCAAGCCGAAUCACAAGCAGUACGACGCCACUCAAGCUUAUCUUAAGAAGAACAACACUUCCCUUGAGGAUAUUGCGCAUGCACCUAAACUAGGCGCCCUCAAGGACCUUCUCGUUGAUUGCGGCAUCGGGGCUGCAGAUGUGGAAAAGGAUAAGGGUAUGACCACCAACGGUGACCUUCCUGAAGCCGUCUCGCAACAUCGCGCCCUUGUCUUCUGUCAAAUGAAGGAGAUGCUUGAUGCAGUGCAGACGCAAGUCCUGCAGAAGUGCUUGCCUUCUGUGCAAUUCAUGCGUUUGGACGGUAGCGUGGAUGCGACCAAGCGCCAAGACAUUGUCAACAAGUUCAAUUCCGAUCCCUCCUACGACGUCCUGCUCCUCACGACCAGCGUUGGUGGGCUCGGUCUCAAUUUGACUGGAGCUGACACUGUAAUCUUCGUUGAGCACGACUGGAACCCUCAAAAGGACAUCCAGGCUAUGGACCGCGCGCAUCGUAUCGGCCAGAAAAAGGUCGUCAACGUCUACCGCAUCAUCACGCGCGGUACCCUAGAGGAGAAGAUUCUCAAUCUCCAACGCUUCAAGAUUGACGUUGCCUCGACCGUUGUCAACCAACAAAACGCAGGCCUGGGCUCCAUGCAAACAGACCAGAUUCUCGACCUGUUCAAUGUCUCCGCCGAUUCUGCAGAUCCUUCCGCGCUUCCGCCUCCGCCAUCAAACGACAAAGACGGUGUAUCGGGCAUCAACGAGAACGACGCCGUGGACGCAGAGGGUAAUCUCCGGGAGAAGGGCAAGAAGGGCUUCCUGGAUGAGAUUGGCGAGCUUUGGGACGAGAGCCAGUACGAGGAGGAGUUCGACCUGGAGGGCUUCUUGGGCAAGAUGAAGACUUAGCAGCUUCCCCUCUUCACUUUCACUGUAUGGUUAUUUUAGGGAUGGGCAAUUUGGCGUUGGUGGAAUCACGGCCGCCUGGUUGGGCUAGGCUGUUGGCUUGCUUUGCGAGGCCCUGUGUAUGUGUGCGUGUGUCUGUACUGGCAUUGUUUGGUAUUAGCAUGGCGUUGGAGGGUUGCUUCACUUUCCACUUGUUACCCCGACAGGUUCUUAGCCCGACAGCUUGGCGGGUGACUUUGACUGUACUAGGUAGAUAGGUGAUUGGCCGCAGGCGGUGCGUCGGCAUUAGAAUUGAGGAGUGUGUGCA